UGCAGAGCUGACUGCCUGCCAGCAGUGAGGCUGCAGGAAUUUCUCUCUCCUGCCAUGCCGUCGCCCUGCAUGUCCAUUACGUUCUGAUCAGCGCCGAUCCUUGUGCGGUUCCAGCAUGAAGGGAGCUGAGAUUGAGUCAUGGUCCGUUCAUACAUUGGCAAUCCAAUCCACAUCCAAACAGCUGUCCCCUUCUUUCCAGCGCUGUCUCUUCACCUAUUGGAUCAAAGAAAACAUCUCAAAGAAGGAAUGUUGCUUUUUCCUGAGGGAUCCCAGAAAAGAGCAAAUAUGUUACUGUGGCUACCCAAAGACUGAGCACACUGAUGAAGCCAUUAAGCCAGAGGACUUCACCGGGGACAAGUGGGACAUGCAUAGUCAUGUCCGCGAGGCGCCAACGGAUGCUUUUGGAAACAUCAGCUUUAGUGGUUUCGGGCAAAAUACUGGAAAGUAUGCACGAGUGUCUGCAGACACACCAUCCGAGACGCUCUACCAGUUACUGACUGAACAGUGGAAACUUUCGCCUCCCAAUCUGCUCAUCUCAGUGACUGGAGGAGCCAAGAACUUCGACUUGAAGUCCCACCUGAAGAAGGUUUUCCACAGGGGACUUAUCAGAGUGGUCCAGACUACAGGUGCAUGGAUCAUCACCGGCGGUACGCACACAGGUGUAAUGAAGCAUGUGGGGCAGGCUGUGAGAGACUAUGGCCUGAGUAACUCCAUGCAGGGUAAAAUAGUGGCUAUUGGAGUGGCAACAUGGGGAGUAAUUCAUAACAGACAUGACUUGGUGAAUGAAGAAGGUCAUUUCCCAGCUCAUUAUGUAAUUGACACACAAAGUCAGAGUAACCUGGCCUGUCUUGAUAACAAUCAUACACACUUCCUGCUGGUUGAUGAUGGGACCAAUGGAGUCUAUGGCAGGGAGAUUGAGCUGCGUGCCAGACUAGAGAAAUACAUCUCAGGAAAACAUAUUGGAAACAAAGUGAGUGGUACAACCAUCCCAGUGGUUUGUGUGGUAUUGGACGGCGGAUCGGGGACACUUGAUACAAUCUACAGCGCCAUGCUGAACGACACACCGUGUGUGAUCCUGGAGGGAUCUGGGAGGAUAGCAGAUAUUAUCGCUCAUGCAUCUAAAGAGCUGCUCAGCAAGGUCAACAUUGCUCUCAUUCAACAGCUUAUGAAGAAGUUUUUCACUCAAGAAGAGUAUGGAAAAUUCAAAGAAGGCGAGAUAAUAGAGUGGACAAAAAAGAUACAGGACAUACUCAGGAUGUCUCAUUUGCUGACAAUAUUCAGAGCAAGCGAGGAAGAUCACGGGGAUAUGGACGUGGCCAUCCUUCAGGCUCUUCUCAAAGCUUCGAAAACAGGUGAAUCACGGGGAGCCCAGUCGUUGAGGAGGCAGCUGGAGCUGGCUAUAGCCUGGAACCGAGUGGACUUAGCUGAGACUGAGAUUUUCACUGAGGAAAGCCAGUGGAAGGAUCCGUGUGAAGAAGAUAAACUAAGGUCCAGCGACCUCCACUGGGCCAUGAAUCUGGCCCUGGCUGGCAACAAGCCUCAGUUUGUGAGUUUGCUGCUGGAGAACGGCGUGUGUCUGAGGGAUUUCCUGCAGGACGAAAACACCCUGUGUGGGCUCUACAAGCAGCUGCCCCCCUGCUUCUUUUUGUACAAGCUGGCCAAGAGGGUGAAGAGCACCCGCUACAGCAGGAGGCAGGCGCUGGCCAGGAGGGUUAGCGUUCACACAGGACAAAAGAUCUCACUGACUCACGUCUCCGAGGAAGUGCGCCACCUGCUGGGGAAAUUCACAAAGCAUAUCUAUCCUUCCUCCACAACGACGUACCACCUUGACAUGUCCAUGGAAGAAACCUCAGCGCCUACAUCUAAAGAUCAGACAUCCUACCAGGGUCCAUUCAGGGAUGAUGGAGCUGAAGCUCACAGGGAUGCAGGCAGUGACCUUUUCCUUUGGGCUAUCGUCCAAAACAACAAGGAGCUGUCUGAAAUCGCCUGGGAGCAGUGUAGAGACUGCAUGGCUGCCGCUCUGGCCGCCAGUAAGAUCCUGAAGAAAAUGGCAACGGAGGGAAGCAACGCAGACGAGGCUGAGGACAUGCUGGCGCUCGCCAGUCAUUAUGAAGACCGUGCAAUUGGUGUGUUUGGCAAAUGCUGCGACAGUGAUGAGGAGCGCGCCCAGAAGCUGCUGGUCCGAAUGUCCCGCUUUUGGGGAGGGACGACGUGCCUGAGGCUGGCGCUGGAGGCCGACGACAAGAACUUUGUGGCUCAGUCAGGCGUUCAGGCUCUUCUCACUCAGAUCUGGUGUGGGAAGCUGUCAGCCGACAAUCCUGUGUGGAAGGUGCUGAUCUGCAUGGUCUUCUUCCCACUGAUUUGCACCAACUUUCUGGUUUUCAGACACGAUGAACUCAUCCAGAGAGAGACUGAGAAGAACGAGGACUUGAAGGCUGCGGAGAAAGUGACGGGGAGCACUUUCAGGACAAGUCAACAUCACGGUCAGCGGAGUGAGAAGCGUCUGAGCUGCUGGUCCAAACUGGAGGGACUGUACUGCGCUCCUCAGGUCAAGUUUUACGGAAACAUCGUCUCGUACUUCGCCUUCCUGUUCCUGUUUGCUGUGGUGCUGAUGAUCGACUUCCAAAGCACGCCAUCUCCAAGAGAGCUGCUGCUCUACAUCUGGCUGCUCUCUCUGGUGUGUGAGGAGGUCAGACAGCUGUUUUAUGACCCUGAUGGUUUUGGGAUCAGUAAGAAAGCCCAGAUGUACAUUCAUGAGCUGUGGAACAUUUUAGACGUCCUUUCCAUCCUGCUGUUCUCUUUAGGACUUGGAUUCAGGCUGACAACCGAGCUGUUCUACGCAGGUAAAAUCCUCCUGUGCAUCGACUUUGUGGUCUUUUGCCUCCGACUCAUGGCGAUCUUCACCAUCAGUCGCACAUUGGGGCCUAAAAUCAUCAUAGUCAAGAAGAUGAUGAUGGAUAUGUUCUUCUUCAUGUUUCUGCUGAGCAUCUGGGUUGUGGCGUAUGGUGUCGCCAAACAAGGCAUCCUCAUCCACAAUGAAAGUCGGUUGGACUGGAUCAUGCGCGGGGCGGUUUAUGAGCCGUACCUCAUAAUAUUUGGGAAUUUCCCUGAAAUUAUUGACAAUACCCAGUUCAAUAUAGACUCAUGCAGCAUAAACGGUGCAGACCCUCUGAAGCCCAAGUGUCCUGUGCUAAAUGAAAACCAAAUCCCGGCAUUCCCUGAGUGGCUGACCAUCAUCAUGCUAUGUGUUUACUUGCUCUUUGCCAACAUACUGCUGCUCAACCUGCUCAUAGCAAUCUUUAACUUCACGUUCCAGGAAGUGCAGGACAACACGGACAAGAUCUGGAAGUUUCAAAGAUACGAGCUGAUUAAGGAAUACCACAGCCGUCCCGCUGCCCCGCCUCCUUUUAUCAUCCUCAGUCAUCUCUUCAUCUUCAUGAGGAUGAUGGUGCCGUGCUGUACCCACGUCAGAGAAUCUGAGUUCAAGAAACCACUUUCUCCGAUAGAGGAAGAGGAGCUGUUGUCCUGGGAGGCCUUGAUGAAGGACAGAUACCUGCUGUCAGCCCGCCAGGAGCAGAGCCAGAGCAUUGAGAGCCGCAUCCUGGAUACAUCCCACAAGGUUACCGUCUUAACCGAACGCAUGGAGAGGGAACAGGAAACAAACUCCAACGCAGUGCUGAGGAGACUGGAGAAACUAGAAGAGCAGGUCACCCAGUCAACCAAAGCACUGAAGAGGAUAGAGGACAGUCUGAAAUCUCUGGGUGUUCCUGCAAAUGAAACUCAGCCACAGACCUCGAAUGCACCAGACGAAUCCUCUGACUCUUCGACGAAUGCAGCAGCGCAAGAGGAUAGGUUUCACGUGAAGGCCCGUCAGCUCCAUUAUCCGAACAGCAAAAUCACACGCUUCCCCGUGCCGGAAGAGAAAGUACCAUGGAACGUCAGCUUCAGCUCAUACAUGCCGACCUACUACAGUCCUGAAGACGGUGGCGACCAUGUAGAUGGAUCUGAACCAGAAGACUUAGACAAGUACAGAAACCCAGAAGGGAGGACGGGCAUCAGGGGAAGAGGUGCACUCAGUCGCCUCGGGCCAAACUUGAAUUUAGACCUUGUGGUCACACGGUGGCGAGACAGUAGCAGGUCUGUGCUGGAGUACUUGGCAGUUUUGAACCCGAACUUCAAAUCUUUAGCCUUGCCUGGGGGCCCCGUGGAGUCUGUGGAUCACCUGCCAGGAUGUCUAAAGGGUAUUCUGGGAAAGAAAUUGUUUGAAGCCCUAAACGCAAAAGUAUCAGAGGGAACAAAGGUAUCUGAGGGCUACGUGGACGACUGCAGGAACACAGACAACGCCUGGGUGGAAACAACUGUGCUAAAUAUUCACCUGGACAGAACAAGCCAAGUGAUAGCGGACAUUAACAACUUGGUUAUAAGCAGCCAAGGCUCUGUCAAGUGGGAGGAGGUGAGCAGAAGAAGCAGACUCAGCUCGAACCAAAGAGUCUCGCUUCAGAAGGUGGCGGUGCUGCACAACAUGAAGUUCUGAUCAUUCAGGCUCCUUUCAACACUGUUAUUUUCAAGAGGUGCCAAGAAAACCCAUCUUGAAACUUCUCUAAUAGAAGACAAUCAGUUGAUCCUCUUGUGCCUUUCAGUUUCAAAUUUGAUUUUAUUUCUUGUUAAUGCAUCACACAAGCAGACAGUGUGAUGAAAAAUACCCAACAUUCACCAAAAUAUGCAGCAAAUCAUGACCUGAAUUGCUGGACUUUGUCUUCGCUUCAGCUCCAUGAAUGACUAUUUAAAAUCAGGACAUACAAAUUCAAAUGAUCAGAACUACACUGAAGUUUGCAAAGAAGUCAAGCUGUACAGCAGCAAUACUAAAGAUACAAAUCACUGUAUUAUACAAGACAAUGUAUUCAUAUAGUAA